UCGCUUCUAAAGCAAAUAACCCAGCCCCAAUCAAAAGCAAACCCAACCCAGCGGACGAACCGGUUCUGCUGCUGCUGCCCUCGGGGGAGAUCCACCAAAUCGCCAUGGAUUUCCUCUUCAACUCCAUGCUCACGCCGCCCGAUCCGAGCGGUGAGCACCCCGACUCGCCUCCGCCGGAGCCGGAGCCCGCCGGAUCCGCCUCGUCCCCGCCCGAUUCAGCUCCCGCCGGCGACGACGGAGGGGGCUGGGGCUUCGGCGGGCUGCUCAAGACGCUCACCUCGCAGUCGGAGACCGUGCUGGAGGCCUACCGCCGCGACCUGGCCGAGUUCAGCACGGGCCUGCGCCGCGAGACGGACGCCCUCCGCGAGGCCGCCGCCCGCGCCGCCCGCGACCUCCCUUCCUCGGCCCACGCGCUCGACGGCCUCGCCGACAUCGUCGCCCAGGGCAAGGACGCCAUCGCCCAGGUCGCCGCCGCCUCGGCCCCCUCGCCCGCGGACGGCUCCUCCGCCGCCGCUGCCGACUCCGGCGCCGACCCCAGCUCCGCCUCCGGCCACCUCAGGUAUAACCGCUUCGAGGCGCAGCUGCGCGCGCUCCAGUCGGAUCCGGCCACCUUCGCCGCCGAUCCCGAGGACGCCGAGGACUUCGCGGCGUGGAGGGCGGCGGGGUUUAGCGUGGAGGAGAAGCAGGAAGAGAUCGAGGCGCUGUGCUACGAGAGCGAUGCCCUGGAAGCUUUGGUGGACAGGCUCGUGCCGGAUAGUGUGGACAGCGAGGUGUUCUGGGCCAGGUACUUUUACCGCGUCCACAAGCUGAAGCAGCAGGAGGACGCCAGGGCGAAGCUUGUGAAGCGCGUGAUCGCGCAGGAGGAAGACGAGGAUUUGAGCUGGGAGGUGGAUGAUGAGGUUGAGGAGGAGCCGGCAGACAAGGAAGUCAAAGAGGAGGGGAUCAAGCAAGCUCCGACCAAAGAAGAAAUGAAGCAUGGAGUAGAAGAGAGGGAAAUCGAGAAACCGGUGGAAGAAAGUAAAGUGGAGGCAGUUGAAGAAGUGGGUGUUCCGGUUAAGGAACAGAAGAAUGCUGACCCGCAACAGCCGGAAGUUUUCGGUAGCUCUAUGGUAGUAGUGGACAAGGAGGAGAAGGAAGAGGCAACCAAAUCGAAUGCUGAAGAAUCAAGUGGCAAGAAAACUGUUGCCGAGGAAUCACGUUCUAGCACUGGAGAUGAUGUGGCGAAGGAAGGGGCAAAGCAUGAGACAAGUGACUCCAGCAAGGAUAGCGACUAUUCCAUAGUAUCUAGGCAGCGAACAGCUACUGAGGAGGAUCUUGAAUGGGACGAGAUUGAGGAUCUCGGGGAGCAUGAAGAGAAGAAGGGGAGUACCCAUGGCUCAAGCCCUGCUCCAAAGGAGGAGUUGCGUAAGAGACUCAGUGUCGCAGAAGACGACGAGGAUUUGAGUUGGGACAUCGAGGAUGACGAUGAUAAGGCCUGAAAAGCCAUUCUGGUAUGGUAGCCUGGAUUGCAUUGCCUACAUUUUUUAUCUUUCAUUACUUGUGCAAGAUACUGUCGUGUGACCAAUAAACAUUGGUUUACCUGUGCUGCUUAUGUUAUGGAAACGUGUGUAAACUCAAGUUUGAUGUUAUCAAGUGGCAUUUGGCUAUGCGUCAAUUUGCUAAUGUUUAAUGUUGCUGUACAUAUGUUGUUUCAUUAAUGUACAUUUAUUACACCAGAAAUUUGGAACAAUGUUUGAACAAUUUCCUUCAAAA